UGUCUGAUAGGCACGCCAGCUUUAGCUUGUAGUGUUCGUGCUCGUCUCUCCAUUCCCUCUCGGGAUCGGAAGCCAAGUCAAGCAGCGCGCGCGCGGGGAUGAAGAAGAAGAGCGGAUGCGGCGGCGGGUGCCUGGGCGCGCCGAUGCGGGCGCUGUCGCGGGCUUGCGACUCGGCCUGCGACCUCUACGUGCGCGGCAUGUCCGGGUGCGCGCGCCGCGUGCCGUCGGGGUCGUCCGCGGGCGUCGUGGGCCGCGGGUUCGGCGGGACGGGUGCCGCGUCCCUGCGCCUGCGGGUCAGCUCGGAGAGCGCCGACGACCUCGUCCGCGCCGCGGCCGCGGCCAGGCGCCACCAGCGCCGCGUCGCGGCCGAGCCCGCGGAGGAGGGCGCCGGCUACGACGGGGCGGGCAAGACGAAGGCCGGCGCCGCGGCGAGGCAGGGGCGCGUCGCGCCCGAGCCGGAGAAGGCCGUCGGCUACUACGGGGCCGCCGGCAAGAAGGGCGGCGCCGGCGCGGUCCUGGUCAGCGCGGCGGCGCCGGCUGUCCGGGGCCCGGCGCUGAAGAAGGGCGGCGCGGCGGCCAUGGGGACCAUCGCAGAGGACGAGCCGUGCGAGUUCGGCCCCGACGGCGCCUGCGCCGUUGUCCCCUCACUGAAGCCGCAGCGCCGCGCCGGGUUCGGCGCCGUCAAGGCGGGGAGCGGCGACGACGCCUUCGCACGCUGACGGACAUGAUGCAUGCGGAUGCGACGCGUACUCGUCCUGCACUCCUGCCUGCCGGCGCAAGAUCGCAGGACUUGCUUCGUUCGAGGCACAUACACAUCUAGAUUGCACCACUUUUUUUCUCCCGUUCUCGUCCUGCUGUGUAAAUUACUCUAAGAUAAAAGAAAUCUAUGCGCGAGUGAGACGUGAUCGCCAGAAAGUUUCCACAA